CUCGGCCACUCCCCGCCUUUUGACUUUGGAUUCCCUGGCAGCCUGCUCAGCCCGCGGUGGUUUCGGGGAAGUCAGAUGACCUCUGGCUCUCCGUUCUCCUCCGGUGCUGACACCAUGGCCCCUCUGCGGGCCCUGCUCUGCCUGCUGCCGCUGUGCCCAGGCCUGGCAGCGCUCUCCUGUCCUCAGAACGUCAAUAUCUCCGGUGGUACUUUCACCCUCAGCCAUGGCUGGGCCCCUGGGAGCCUCCUCACCUACACCUGCCCCCUGGGCAGCUACCCAACCCCGGCCUGGAGACGAUGCCAGAGCAACGGGCGGUGGCAGACCCCGAGAUCCGGCCCGCUGUCCACCCUGUGGCAAUCCCCUCGGUGGGUCAAGGCAGUCUGCAAACCUGUUCGCUGUCCAGCUCCGACUUCCUUUGAGAACGGCAUGUACACCCCUCGGCUGGGGUCUCACCCCGUGGGUGGCAACCUGAGCUUCCAGUGUGAGCAAGGCUUCACGUUGCGGGGCUCGCCUGUGCGGUACUGUCGCCCCAACGGCAUGUGGGACGGGGAGACCGCUGUGUGUGACAGUGGGGCUGGUCACUGCCCCGACCCGGGCAUCUCUGUGGGCACAGUACGGACAGGCUCACGCUUUGACCUUGGGGACAAGGUCAGUUACCAAUGCUCCUCCUCAAAUCUGGUGCUGACUGGCUCCGUGGAGCGGGAGUGCCAGAGCAACGGGAUGUGGAGUGGGACAGAGCCCAUCUGCCGACAGCCAUACUCCUAUGACUUCCCUGAGGAUGUGGCCUCUGCCCUGGGCACCUCCUUCACCAACCUGCUUGGAGCUACCAAUCCCAUCCAGAAGAGGACAGAAAAUCUGGGCCGUAGAAUCCAAAUCCAGCGCUCGGGUCACCUGAACCUCUAUCUGCUGCUCGAUGCGUCUCAAAGUGUGUCAGAAAAAGACUUUGAGAUCUUCAAGGAGAGCGCCACCCUCAUGGUGGACAGGAUCUUCAGCUUUGAGAUCAAGGUCAGUGUUGCUAUCAUCACCUUUGCUUCCAAGCCCAAAACCAUCAUGUCGGUCGUGAGUGAGAAAUCCCAGAAUGUGGUGGAGGUGAUGAGCAGUCUGAACAAAGUCUGCUAUAAAGAUCAUGAAAACGCCUCUGGCACUAACACUUUCGAGGCUCUGAACAGUGUCUACCUCAUGAUGAAUAGCCUGAUGGCGCGCUUGAGCAUGAGAGGUUCUGCGUGGCUUGAAAUCCGCCACGCCAUUAUCCUCCUGACAGACGGAAAGUCCAACAUGGGUGGUUCUCCCAAGCCAGCAGUUGAUAACAUCAGAGAGAUCCUGCGCAUCAAUCAGAACAGGAACGACUAUCUGGACAUCUAUGCCAUUGGGGUGGGCAACCUGGAUGUGGACUGGAAAGAACUGAAUGAGCUGGGGUCCAAGAAGGACGGCGAGAGGCAUGCCUUCAUCUUGAAGGACUCGAAGGCAGUGCAACAGGUCUUUGAGAAUAUGCUGGACGUCUCCAAGCUCACAGACACCAUCUGUGGGGUGGGGAACAUGUCUGCCAAUGCCUCUAACCAGGAGAGGACACCUUGGCAUGUCACCUUUAAGCCCAAGAGCAAGGAGACGUGCCGGGGGUCCCUCAUCUCUGACCAGUGGGUGCUGACAGCCGCCCACUGCUUCCACGACUCCCAGAUGGAGGACCGGCACCUGUGGAGGGUCAUUGUGGGGGAUCCCACCUCUCAUCGUGGCAAAGAAUUCCUUGUGGAGAAGGCGUUAAUUGCCCCAGGGUUCGAUGUCCAUGCCAAGCGGAGCCAGGGCAUCUCAGAGUUCUAUGCUGAUGAUAUUGCCCUGCUGAAGCUGGCCCAGAAAGUGAAAAUGUCCACUCAUGCCAGGCCAAUCUGCCUUCCUUGCACUGUGGAGGCCAACACGGCUCUUCGAAGACCCCCAGGUGGCACCUGUAGAGACCAUGAGACAGAACUUCUGAAUCAGCAGAAAGUCCCUGCACAUUUUGUGGCUUUGGAUGGGAACAAACUGAACAUUAGCCUCAGGACAGGACCCGAGUGGACAAACUGUAUCAAGGCCGUCUCCGAAAGCAAAAACAUCUUCCCCAGCUUGACAAACAUCAGUGAGAUAGUGACAGACCAGUUCCUGUGCAGCGGGAUGUCCGGCGAUGAGCAUCCCUGCAGAGGAGAGUCUGGGGGCGCGGUUUUCCUUAAGCGGAGAUACAGGUUCUUCCAGGUGGGCCUGGUGAGCUGGGGUCUUUAUGACCCUUGUUUCAGUUCCUCGAAGAGAAACUCCCUCAGGCAGCCUCCCCAGGGUAUUCAGCCGAGAGACUUCCACAUCAAUCUCUUCCGCCUGCAGCCCUGGCUGAGGCAGCACCUGGCUGGCGUCCUGAACUUUUUGCCGCUUUAACAUGGUUCUUGGCUCCUUUAUGUUCUGACCUUCCUGUCUGCUGCCUCUGAGUGUCCUCCCUCCUGGGUACAUACAUUCUGGGCCCCGGGAAUCCAGAGACAGUAGCAAAAGCUGGGGGAUCCCCAGGAUUGCACAGGGACCCCUGUCCGUCCCCCCUGCCCUGCCCGUGUGCAAACCUCUCCCUGGAGUGCAUGGCUUGUGCUUUUCAUUCUCACAUGGAAUUUCCCAGUUAUGAAAUUAAUAAAAACCAGUGAUUUCCA